ACAUGUAUAAUUAAAAAAUUAGAAAUUUAUAUAUCAAUCAUUAUAACAUUUGGUUUGUGGUAGACUUUUGUAUAAUUAAUAAUUAAUUUAUGGUUAUAUUUAUGUUUACAAUAAAAAGAAAAAAUUCAUAAAAAUGAUUUCUAUAAAAAAUAAAUAAUAAUUUGGAAAUCAGUAAUUAUAAAUCUGUAUUUGUUAUUAUUGUUCAUUAUUAAUAUAAUAAUUGCAAUGAAUAUUGCCUGAUUGUAAUAUCAUGUAACUUAAAUAUCUUAUGAAAUCAAUUUGCAAUUGAUAUUUUUCUGCAGUUUUUGAAUUUCCUACAAUAUGGCUUUUAAAUCAUUCUUUCAUUUAGGCCAUAAUACAUGUAAAUGUGUUUUUAUGUCUAUACAAUUUAAAUCUAAAUUAUGUAUUAUUCAAGGAUAUACACAAGGGUAUAGACAAAUUAGAAACAUUCAUAAAUUGAGAGGUAGAACAAAACUAUCUAUAUCAAAUGAUUUUGUUAAUAAACAAUCAGGAUAUACCUCCAGUUUAUGGAAACCAUUUACUUUUACUAUUGUGUUUAGUGCAACAACAUUUAUUGCUGCUGCAAUUUGGGAAUAUGAACAUAUUAGAAAAAAAACCUAUAGUAUGAUCAGAAAUUAUAAGCAAUGGGGAAUACAUCGAACAGGAUGGAGACAUAAAAUGGAAACUUGGUGGAGAAAUUUAUCAGAAGGAGAAAGAAUAUUUGUUCCUAUAUGUUUCUUAAAUGUGCUAGUAUUUUUAUCAUGGCAUAUACCUGCAUUUCGACCAACAAUGUAUCGAUAUUUUUGUAGCAAUCCUACAUCUAACCGAUGUUGGCCAAUGUUAUUCGUAACAUUUUCUCAUUAUUCCCUUCUUCAUUUAAUUAUCAACAUGUACGUAUUAUAUGACUUCUGUAAAAUUGCUGUUACGGAAUUGGGUAGAGAACAAUUUUUGGCCCUUUAUUUGACUAGUGGAGUAGUAUCUAGUUUUUCAAGUUAUUUAUAUAAAGCUACAGUUGGUAUAAAAGAUCCUUCUUUGGGAGCUUCAGGAGCAAUAAUGGGUGUCCUUGGAUUUGUAUGUACCCAGUUUCCAAAUGUAUAUCUGUCUAUUGUUUUCCUUCCUAUGUUGAAAUUUACAGCAAGUUCGGCCAUUAAAGCUGUAAUGGGACUAGAUACUGUGGGAUGUCUUAUGCGUUGGCAACGUCUUGAUCAUGCUGCACAUUUAGGUGGAGCAUUAUUUGGAAUAUUUUGGCAAAUGUGGGGUAAUGCCAACAUAUGGCAAAAACGUGAACCGGUAUUAGUAUUUUGGCAUCAACUACGUGAACCACCUAGAUCUCAUUAAUAUCUACUUGUUAUAUAUAAUUGAUAUUAAUAUGUACUAAUAUAUAUUUUUAACAUUAUGAAAAAUUGUAAAUUUAUAAAAAGUGAAAUUAUAUAAAAAAGAAAAUGAA